AUGGCUCAUGCUCUGCGUGAAGUCAGGGCUCACCUCCAGAUCCGAAACCUCCUGGUCCGACAAUGCCUGGCCGAAUUUCUGGGUGUAUUUGUGCUCUUGCUUGUCAUUCAGGGUUCUGUGGCCCAGGCUAUCACCAGUGAAGAAAAAAAAGGCAACUCCUUUACCAUGCUUCUGGGCAGCUCUCUGGCUGUUGUAGUAGCUAUCUACGUGGCAGGCAAUGUCUCAGGAGCCCACCUAAAUCCAGCCUUCUCUCUGGCCAUGUGCUUGGUGGGACGCCUCCCCUGGGCCAAGUUCCCCAUUUACUGCUUUGUGCAACUGUUUUCGGGUUUCUGUGCCUCAGGAGCUACUUACAUUCUCUACUAUGAUGCCCUCCAGUACUACACAGGUGGGAACCUGACAGUGACUGGUCCCAAAGAGACAGCCUCCAUUUUUGCCACAUAUCCUUUCCCCUAUCUGUCCCUGAACAAUGGCUUCUUAGAUCAGGUCCUGGGCACCUGGUUGCUGAUUGUGGGACUGUUAGCUAUCCUAGACAGACGGAAUAAAGGAGUGCCUGCAGGUCUGGAGCCUGUGGUGGUGGGAUUGCUGGUCCUCGCCAUCGCAGUAUCCAUGGGUGGUAACUGUGGCUUUCCAAUUAACCCUGCCCGGGACGUGGGCCCACGGCUCUUCACCUACUUUGCUGGCUGGGGUCCUGAAGUCUUCAGUGCUGGGGAUGGCUGGUGGUGGGUGCCUGCGGUGGCUCCUAUGGUGGGGGCCACCCUCGGCACAGCCACAUACCAGCUCCUGGUGGCUCUGCACCACCCUGAGGAUCUGCAGCCGGCUCCUCCGGAGGCUUCAGACUUGGGAACUCCAGCUCAGCGGGAGUGUAAACUGUGA